UGAUGUAUAUAGGACAACUAUAUUUUUUACUAGAUAACAAUCAGGUAGUCUUGUUGAUAAUUAUAGUACUUCAUGUCUGUGUAACUUUCAAAGUCUGCAAAGUAACAUACUGUACAUUAUCUUGGUAUUUAUAACUGUGUUUUAAUUUACAAAGAAGAAAGAAAAACAGCUCCAAGAGGAUGACUUGUCCAAAGUCACAAAGCUUAGUAGACAGCUUUGCCAAGUUUGAGGAAAAAAAUUAAUCUUUUGUAUAAUGUAUGUUUUUAAAUUUUCCAGCUAAGUUUUGAAUCGACUCAAAGUUAUGAAAGUAUAGUUCUUAUAGUUAUUGCAUUAGUUUCCUAAGGCUGCCAUAGCAAAGAACCAAAAACUGGGUGGCUUAGAACAACAGAAAUGUAUUUUCUCUACAGUUCUGUAGGAUAGGUGUCUAAAAUUAAGAUGAUGGCAACGUUGGUUCCUUCUAUGGGCUUCAAGGGAAAAUCUGCUCCAUGUCUUUCCCCUAGCAAUCUUUGCUGUUCCUUGACUUUAAGAUGCAUCACUCUGGUCUUUGCUUUUGUGUAUACCUGGCAUUCUUCCUGGAGUGCAUGCUUCUCUGUGCCACAUUUCCCCUUUUUAUAAGAAUACCAGUUAUAUUUGAUUAGGGCUCACCCUAAUGAUCUCAUCUUAAUUUGAUCACCUAGAGUCCCUGUUUCCGAAUUAGGUCAUAUUCACAGUUACUGAGGGGUGAAGACUCAAGCAUCUUUUUGGGGGACACAAUUCAAUGCAUAACAGUUAUUGUGAAAUUAUAUCCAUGUGAUGGCCGUGGCUUGUAUGUCAGAAGACUAAACUUUUAUCUCCUAUUUCUUGUUCAGGAGAAAUCAGUUGAGAGAUUAAGUGUCUUAGUUUAAUUGUUUAAUUGCCUAUGAGACAGGGUAAAUAUAGCCUCCUUUGAAUUAAUCUUUUAAUUAUUUCCAGUUAUGAUUAUGUUACUAUCUGGCAUGAACAAACUGCAUUCGGAAAUUUGAGCAUAUAUGAAAAUAACCUUGUGUGUUACUUCAUGGGCUAAGGUCGUCUGGGAGGCAGCUAUGUUUUGGGUCCCAAUUUUUGUUUCUGAAAAAAUAGAUCUGUUAGAGAUAUCCAGCUGGAGGAUGGGAUAGGAGAUGAUACCUGUUGCCUACCAGAUACCUCUGUUUGGAUGAUGAAAGAAAAGGCAUUUUAAAGUUGGUAUGUUCAGAGCUGAUUUCUUGAUCAUCCUCCUCUUCAGUCUUUUCCUGCCUAGGUAAUCUUCAUCACAGUAGAGGGUACCACUUAUGGCUAAGUUGCUCAUCCCACAUCACUAAGUUCUGUCCAUUCUGCCUCAAAAUGUGUCUUGAAUCUCGAAUUUUUCUACCUGUUUUCUGAAUUUGCUACAGUUUAUUGUUUGUUCCAAGCCAUCAUUAUACUACCUCUGCUCAUCCUAAUGUGAUAGGUUCAUAACUGGUCUUCCCUUUUUGGUGUCAUCACCCCUUCCUCAUUUUGUAUAUUCUCGACAGUGAUCUUUGAAAAAUCUCAAUAAUGUUCAUAUCAUUACCCUGCUUAACUCUUUAGUGGCUUCCUAGUGCAAUUAGAAUAAAAUCCAAAUUCUGCCCUGUGGUCUGCAAAACGCUGUAUGGGACCUAGACCCUGUCUGCCUCUCAGACCUCAUUUACCUCUGCCUCUCACUGUUCCAGAACUUCUCCUUUUAGUUCAUUAAAUACACCAAACUUACUCCCGCCCGGGACUUUGUCACUUGCUAUUUCUUCCACACGGAAUGUACUUAUGCCAGAUUUCCAUGAGGCUUACUUUUUAUCAGUUAUAUUUCAGCUGAAAUGUCACUGCCUCCAAAACGCCUCCCAUGGAUUUGCUUACGAAAUGAUACCCACUCCCUCUCUCCACUCUGUAGCAAGCAGAUGUAUUUUGUUUCAGCAGACGGACGACGGUAAUUGUGUAAGCGACUGCAUUGGAACUGAAUGUCCAGUGUGUUACACCCCAGCCUGGAUACAAGAUGUGAAGAUUAAUAGACAACUGGACAGCAUGAUUCAACUUUGUAGUAAGCUUCGAAAUUUGCUACAUGACAAUAAGCUCUCAGAUUUGAAAGAAGAUAAACCUAGGACAAGGUUAUUUAAUGAUGCAGAAAACAAGAAGAAUUCAAUUAAAAUGUGGUUUAGCCCACGAAGUAAGAAAGUCAGAUAUGUUGUGAGUAAAGUUUCAGUGCAGACCCAACCUGAAAUAAAAAAAGAUGUAAAUGCUCAGCAAGACUCAAUGUAUGAAUUUGUUUCCACAACUCCUCCUGCAGAUGUUUCUGAGAAGGCUAAAAAGCCUUCUGCAAGAUCUCUAAAAAAGCAAAAAAAGAAAACUUUAGCUGAAAUCAACCAAAAAUGGAAUUUACAGGCGGAAAAAGAAGAUGGCAAAUUUGACUCCAAAGAGGAAUCGAAGCAAAAGCUGGUAUCCUUCUGUAGCCAACCAUCCGUUAUCACCAGCCCUGAGAUAAAUGGUGAAAUAGACUUACUAGCAAGUGGCUCCUUGACAGAAUCUGAAUGUUUUGGAAGUUUAACUGAAGUCUCUUUACCAUUGGCUGAGCAAAUAGACUCUCCAGACACUAACAGCAGGAAUGAAGUAGUGACUCCUGAAAAGGUCUGCAAAGAUUAUCUUACAUGUAAGAAAUCUUUGCCAUUAGAAAAUAAUGGAAAACGUGGUCAAGACAAUAGACUUUCCAUUCCCGUUUCUAAGAGAUGUAGAAGCAGCAAUCUGAACACCAGUGGAGAUUUUGUUAAGCAAAUGGUGCCCUCAGAAAAUAUUCCAUUGCCUCAAAGUUCUCCAGACAUUAAGAGCAAGAAUGAAGUAGUGACUCCUGAGAAGGUCUGCAAAAAUUAUCUUACAUCUAAGAAAUCUUUGCCAUUAGAAAAUAAUGGAAAAUGUGGCCAACACAAUAGACGUUCCAGUCCCAUUUCUAAGAGAUGUAGAAGCAGCAUUCUGAGCACCAGUGGAGAUUUUGUUAAGCAAAUGGUGCCCUCAGAAAAUAUGCCAUUACCUGAAAGUUCUUCGCCACCUUCACGCAAACGUAAAGUUCAUGGUACAUCGGGGAGGAAAAACAGUAAUAUGUCAGAUGAAUUCAUUAGUCUUUCACCAGGUACACCACCUUCUACAUUAAAUAGUUCAAGGUACAGACAAGUGACAUCUAGCCCCUCAGCAAUGAAACUGUUACCCAAUAUGGCUGUGAAAAGAAAUCAUAGAGGAGAGACUUUGCUCCAUAUUGCUUCUAUUAAGGGCGACAUACCUUCCGUUGAAUACCUUUUACAAAAUGGAAGUGACCCAAAUGUUAAAGACCAUGCUGGAUGGACACCAUUGCAUGAAGCUUGCAAUCAUGGGCACCUGAAGGUAGUGGAAUUAUUGCUUCAGCAUAAGGCAUUGGUGAACACCACUGGGUAUCAAAAUGACUCACCACUUCACGAUGCAGCCAAGAAUGGGCACAUGGAUAUAGUCAAGCUGUUACUUUCCUGUGGAGCCUCCAGGAAUGCUGUUAACAUAUUUGGUCUGCGGCCUGUGGAUUAUACAGAUGAUGAAGAUAUGAAGUCACUAUUGCUGCUACCAGAGAAGAAUGAAUCAUCCUCAACCAGCCAUUGCUCGGUAAUGAAGACUGGGCAGCGUAAGGAUGGACCUCUUGUACUUAUAGGCAGUGGGCUUUCUUCAGAACAACAGAAAAUGCUCAGUGAGCUUGCAGCAAUUCUUAAGGCUAAAAAAUGUACUGAGUUUGAGAGUACAGUAACUCAUGUUGUUGUUCCUGGUGAUGAAGUUCAAAGUACCUUGAAGUGUAUGCUUGGGAUUCUCAAUGGAUGCUGGAUUCUAAAAUUCGAAUGGGUAAAAGCAUGUCUACAAAGAAAAGUAUGUGAACAGGAAGAAAAGUACGAAAUUCCUGAAGGUCCACAGAGAAGCAGGCUCAACAGAGAACAGCUGUUGCCAAAGCUGUUUGAUGGAUGCUACUUCUAUUUGGGGGGAACCUUCAAACACCAUCCAAAGGACAACCUUAUUAAGCUCGUCACUGCAGGUGGGGGCCAGAUCCUCAGUAGAAGGCCCAAGCCAGACAGUGACGUGACUCAGACCAUAAAUACAGUCGCAUACCAUGCCAGACCUGAUUCUGAUCAGCGCUUCUGCACCCAGUAUAUCAUUUAUGAGAAUUUGUCUAAUUAUCACCCAGAGAGGGUUCGUCAGGGCAAAGUGUGGAUGGCUCCUUCAAGCUGGUUUAUAGACUGUGUGAUGUCCUUUGAGUUGCUUCCUCUUGACAGCUGAAUAUUAUAACAGAUGAACAUUUCAAAUUCAACUUGCACGGUUUGUGAGAACCCUGUCGUUGUACUGUUUUUAAUUGUUCACAUUUUUACAAAUAAGGAGAGUCAUUCAUAUUUAUCUUUGAAUAAAAAAAAAAGUCAAAUGUCAGAUUAGGAAUUCACUUUGUGUUUACCAUUUAGAUGCUGGAAUUGCUUUUAAGGAUUUUUCUUUUUAAAAUUGGUGUGUUUUUUGAUUCAUCAUGUCUUUCUAUUCAGAUUAUUGAGUAUCAAAGAUUAAUGAGAGGACACUAGACUCAUGGUUAAAUAGACAAGUGAUAUCAUUACUUACUAAAAUCUAUACCUGCCACCAGUGAAAAAGCUUGCCUUUUUUUUUAGUAAACAGAGAAUAUUAUCAAAUAAUUUAUUUUGUUGAAAAGAGAGUAUCUGAUCUUAAAUGUGCCACCAGUGUUAAAUUCUCCUAUCUGCAGUUGUCUUUAUCCUAUUUUGUGUUUUCUUUUUUCCUUUAUAAUUUAAUUUGUGGUCUGUUUCUACACUUUUUCCUUGUUUUUUAUCCUGUAUAUUCACCAGGAAAUCAUGAUUUUAUUCUUAACAUUUUUUUUUUGGUGGGAAAAAUCAAUACUGAGUUCAUGGUACAUAUUUUCAUUCUGUACAUUUGCUUAUAACUGUCAAUUUAUAACUCUGUCUACUACAUAUGUGUAUAUACUUAGAACAUUUUAACAAAUUUUAGUAUCAGUUUUUAGAAGGUCUGACUAGUCUAGCAAAUUGUCAGUCCAACAUCAUUACUUUAAGAAGCAGUCUUAUUCUGGUAGACCUUGUUGGUACUUCUAAAAUAAUUUUGAAGGUCUUAAAUUCUUCCUUUGUAAAGUUUUUUUUAAAGUUUUUAGGUUGGCCUGGAAGCAGAAGUUGGUGAUUACUUGAUUUAGAAUAGAUUUUUUCCAGAUCAUACAAAAGGAGGGGUAGGGCUUACUAAUAUCAAAUAGGCAAAGCCUCAGUGAGUGGGCAGGAUACCCCUGAGAAUGGCCAGACUGGGAGAGGUUACUCUGCUUUGGGUGCUCUCAUUCGCAAAUUGACAAGGAUACAUUAGAUUAUUUCAAAACAUUUUUUUAAGAAACAGAAUUCUUUAAUAAUUCCUUCCUAGACAUUGGAUAUACUUAAACAAUUAAAGGCUUGGGGAAGGAGACACUGAGAGACCUUCCAGUUUGGUCCCUCAUGAGCAGAAGAAAACAGAUUGAUAACUACUGAAAUAGAAUAUCCCUAGUUUUAAAACACUGAGAAUCUCUGAAGUUCAUCAGCAUCUUAAGAUGUAAUUACUUGAAAGUUUGAGAUUCUGUUUAUCAUUUGAAAAUAUAUUUUGCUUUAAUUCUUUCUUUGACAUGUUGUUUUUUCAUAUCAAGAAAUACAUUGUGUGAACAAAAUAGCCUUUUGACCCUGACCUUGCUGGAUGAAUUAGCUCUGAAACGCUCUCUGUAACAAGUAAUGUGUUUGUCCCACAUUUCAUUCUGAUGGAGAAUGAUGAACACCAUAGCACCAAACAAAAAUCCGAGGGGUUAGAUAAUGUCUGGAUUAAAUAAUUUAAGACUCUCUGGGAUUUUGGUUGUCAUUUUUUAUUUAGAACUGACUUCAAGUUACUUUCUAUUGUCUCAUAGGUCACAUUUGAGACAGGUUUGUGUCUGUUCCAUGCAUCUGAAUUCCUGUUGGUAAAGACACCUUUGAGGUCUCCUGCUCAGUUUUCUUCAUUCGUUAUCUUGGUUUAUCACCCCUCCCUCCUUUUUUCCCCUGACUUAUUAAGCAGUUUCAUCUUUGCUUUCUUUAAAUAUUUAUUUUGACAGCAGUUAGUUUGUGUUACGCUCUUGAAACUUGUGAUUGUAUUUUCUCUGUAGAAAUAUAUGUAAUUAUUUUUAUUUUUCAAUCACAGAUUCAAGCUUCCUUUUUAUUUACCAUAAAUCACUAAAGUUAUUUAUGUUUUCAUAUAUCUGUGUCUUGUAUAAAAUUGGCUUAUUCUGUGCUGUUGAAGAAUGAGGCUCAACAUGACUUGUGAGGAAAUCUAUCAACUAACAAAAGCUUAUCUUUUUGAACAUAGCACUUUUUAAUUUUGAAUAAAAAUAUUUCUGAUAUGUACUAGAGACUUUACUACAUUAAGUUAUUCCAAAUACAGUAUAACCUUGAUAGUUUGGAAUCGUCAUUAAGAACAUCAGUUACACAGUGAUUCCUUUGUGGCUCUAUAAAAGUGAGAGGUUGGUAGCUUUUCCACAUUCUCACGGCUGUUUUCUAGUUCUACUUGGAUUUGUAGCUGUUUCCCUUUUUCCUGACAGCUGCCACUUUGUAGCUAUUUUUCUUUCUCUGCUAAUACUUGACCAUAUCUAACUUUUUUUGCUUUUGCUGAAAAAUGGAAACCAGAUGGGAAGUAUGUUAGAGUUUUGACUGAAAUAAGGUUAAAUGAGCAGUGUGUGAGGGUUUUCACUGAUUUCACCUAGGAGGUAGUUUAGCUACUUGAAUUUUAAUAAAUAGAAUUUUUCAAUUAUUUCAUCUGUCUCAAUUUCUUUUUUCUUUUUUUGCACCUGCUUUGUGAAUUUAAUAAGUGACCUCUGCCUAGAGGAUUAUAUUUGGGGAGGUUUGAUGUUUCCUGUGGAAAAAAGACAAUUCACGGGUGGGAGUGGGGCUGCAUUGACUGUCACUGCUUCCUUGGGUUAAUUGCAUUCUAAAGUUCAUGGACGUCAUGACAGUCUCACAACUGUCUAUUCUGUUUCCUACCCUGCACAUAUUAAAAUGGCAGGAACGAAUGCUUGUUUUAUUUAAUAACUAACAACCACCAUUUUCUUUGAAGAUAUAUUGAGCUACAAAUUGUAAACUCAGUGUAUGUCUUUAUAAGUCAACCCUUUGCAAAGAUGUACACAUCAAACUACCUAAAUAAAUGAAUAAAUAAAUAAACAACUACUGAGAAGUUGUCUUCAGUUAAGAGCUCUAAUUUUUUUUUAGUCAACUAAUAAGGCUUAUGCCUCCCUAAUUAAACUGCAGACAUUCUUAUGAAUUAGGGAUUGUUGAUUAUUUGUGUAGCUUUCUAAGGCAUGAGGUGCAUUUUCUGAUACCUGUUCUAUUAGAAUGGGGAUGUGAGAGAAGUGGGAAAAGCAUGUUCUUUAGGCUUAAAGGGUUAAUAACUAAGUCUCCAGCCCCGAGGAGGGUCCUGCACAGGCUUUGAAGUUAGACCUGGGUUUGUUAACCAUCUAACCUGUGUCAUUGGUGAUAAAGGUGGGGAAUACUGUUCAUUUCACCUGGGUGUAAAGAUGUGUGAAAGUGUUAAACACACUGUAUACAUUCACAACUCACCUUCCAGGACCUCUGAGCAAACUCAUGAAUACGUGGCUGAUGGUAGCACAGCCUGUGUCAGUCCUGAGUGUCCUGGCUCUUGUGUCCCAUGCAUAUCUACAGCUGGGUGUCCUCCCGUCUUAACUUACCUGGUUUUAGCCUGAACAACAACCAGAGCCAGGCCCUAGUUUCUUAUUUCUCACCAUCCUAUCUGCACUGGUAAAGUUUGCCCAUCUAUGUAGCCUCUCCUGUUCAUUUCACUAAAAUAUUCGCUUUCACCUCCUCAGUUACUUACUGUAGAUACCAAGAUUGCUUAGGCCUCCACACAUAAGUGGUACACCUUGGACAGCACUGUAAAACUUCUAUUACAUUAUAAACCCUUAUAUUACAAUAUAAACACUUCUGCCACCAUGGCUUGCGGCCUAAAUGUUCGUCUUUUCUGCCUUAGUUUGUGAGACCCAGAUUUUCAUUAAUACCACAAGUUUGUCAAAACCUUGCCCCAUUUUCCUCCUGCGUAAAAUAAUGUAACCUAAAAAUAAAGGUCUUUUUCAGAAUCUUA